AUGAGAAAUAAUAGGGCUAGGUCUCCUUCUUCUAGCGACGACUCGGAUACUCCCUCCCGUGAGCAAGCUCCAUCAAAGCAAGGAAAAGGCGGCAAAAAAAGAGGUCGUGCUGGAACAAGUGCUCGAGGUGGAUCAAGUGCUCGAGGUGGAAAAAAAGAAGCCUGUGGUGGAACAAGUGCUGCUCGAGGUGGACGUGGUGGAGGUAAAAAGGCUCUCACUCAAGCUGGUAAGGGAAAAGGAGGUAAAGGAGGUAAAAGGGCUAGAGUUGUAGAACCAGUUGUUGAACGGGACCAAGAGGACGAUUUGGAUGCAUUUUUACAAGAGUCUUCUGGGGAGGAAGCAAGUGAAUGA